GCGUGCCCGGGGGGCUCUCCGGCUCUGGCCCGCACUUCGAGCUGCGAGAAAGCUCCGAGACGCGACGCGGGGCCGCGGGGAGCGAGCGGCCGCCUCAGUGUCCUUCCCCUCCCUACCCCUGGCCUCGCCGCCUUCUCCCCGCAGCCGGACCGGAACUAUGUGAUCCCGGAAGUUCCGGCGCCAUUGCUGUGUGGGAUAAACAGUAAUGGCGGAGGCUGCAGCUCCCGGAACAACAGCCACAACACCAGGAGCAGGAGCGGCAGCAGCGGCGGUGGCAGCGGCCUCCCCCACCUCUAUCCCCGCAGUCACCUCCCCGUCCCCGGGGGCGGGGGGCGGGGGAGGCGGCAGCGACAGCGGCGGCGGCGGCUGGACUAAACAGGUCACCUGCAGGUAUUUCAUGCACGGGGUUUGUAAGGAAGGAGAUAACUGUCGCUAUUCACACGACCUCUCUGACAGUCCAUACGGUGUAGUGUGCAAGUAUUUUCAGCGAGGGUACUGUAUUUACGGAGACCGCUGCAGGUAUGAACAUAGCAAGCCACUGAAACAGGAGGAAACAACUGCUACAGAUCUAACUGCAGAGUCAUCCCUUGCUGCUUCCUCAAGUCUCUCAGCAGUAGUUGGACCAAUUGUUGAAAUGAAUAUGGGUGAAGCGGAGUCAAGAAAUUCAAACUUUGCAACUGUAGGAGCAGGUUCAGAAGACUGGGUGAAUGCCAUCGAGUUUGUUCCUGGGCAGCCCUACUGUGGCCGUACUGCUCCUUCCUGCACUGAAGCACCCCUGCAGAGCUCGGUGACCAAGGAAGAGUCCGAGAAAGAGCAAACUGCAGUGGAGACGAAGAAGCAGCUCUGUCCCUAUGCUGCGGUGGGGGAGUGCCGCUACGGGGAGAACUGUGUGUAUCUCCACGGAGACCCCUGUGACAUGUGUGGGCUGCAGGUCCUCCAUCCCGUGGACGCUGCCCAGAGAUCACAGCACAUCAAAUCGUGCAUCGAGGCCCAUGAGAAGGACAUGGAGCUCUCGUUUGCCGUGCAGCGCAGCAAGGACAUGGUGUGUGGGAUCUGCAUGGAGGUGGUGUACGAGAAGGCCAACCCCAGCGAGCGCCGCUUCGGGAUCCUCUCCAACUGCAACCACACCUACUGUCUCAAGUGUAUUCGCAAGUGGAGGAGUGCUAAGCAGUUUGAGAGCAAGAUCAUAAAGUCCUGCCCAGAAUGCCGGAUCACAUCUAACUUUGUCAUUCCAAGUGAGUACUGGGUGGAGGAGAAAGAAGAGAAGCAGAAACUCAUUCAGAAAUACAAGGAGGCAAUGAGCAACAAGGCGUGCAGGUAUUUUGAUGAAGGACGUGGGAGCUGCCCAUUUGGAGGCAACUGUUUUUACAAGCACGCGUACCCCGAUGGCCGUAGAGAGGAGCCACAGAGACAGAAAGUGGGAACAUCAAGCAGAUACCGGGCCCAACGAAGGAACCACUUCUGGGAGCUCAUUGAGGAAAGACAGAACGGCAGCCCCUUUGACCACGACGAAGAAGAGGUGGUCACCUUUGAGCUGGGCGAGAUGUUGCUUAUGCUUUUGGCCGCAGGUGGGGACGACGACCUGACAGACUCUGAAGACGAGUGGGACUUGUUUCACGAUGAGCUGGAAGACUUUUAUGACUUGGAUCUAUAGCAGCCUCGCGCAGCGCGUGAACUGGUCUGCCGAGCCUCAGCAGCUGUCCCCUGCGGUGGGGUGGCAGUGCCCGUGGUUCUCUCCCAGGCAGGCCUCUCAACUCCAGGUGCUGUCGUCGUAACUUUUACCCAGGGCCUGUCUUCUCAACCCCUCACCUUUCCCCAGGGAGUGUGUUUUCUCUGUUUAAAAAAAGUUACAAAAAUAAAUCUUCAAGUUAGUUUUUUUUUUUUUUUGGUAACGCGAAUUGAACCGUCAGACAGCGUAGGUUUGUUGCGUCAUCUGUUUCCAACCAGGUCCACGCGGCUCUAGGCUAGCGUUUCUGGACUUGACACACUCACUUGGAGGAACCCAGGUUCGAAGGUAGCAGCACUGGCCCUGCUCCGGGGGUGAUGGGGGACGGAUCUGAACUCUGGCAAGUAGCCUUCUGCUCUAGCCUUAGGAGGUUUCUGGUAAAAUCUGCACAACUGUGUUUGCCUUGCCCUGUGAUCCCUACCCCGCGUACUUGUUCUGUGGUUUUGGUCUCUUGUUUAAUUGCACACAAGUAAUACUACUGUUGGGUAGCCAGAACCAGGUGUGAAUGUGUUGAGAUUUUUUUACUCUGUGUAGCACGCUAGGGAGAUGGUGAAAGAACACACGUAAAAGGCACAGCGCCGCAUGUCCCCGCCAAGCGGGAGGUUGACUCCCCCUGCGCUGAUGGAGUGCGCGAGUGUGAGUGUGUCACAAGCCUCUCAUCCCUGCCUGGUUGCAGUGUUUGUAGCCUUAGUGAUAAGACCUGCUUUAGUGGUUUCAGCCUCGUGCGGCAAUAGGACAAAGCAGCGCAUGGGUAGCUGUCGUAGAGCAGCGCUGGCUCUGUCUGCCCGGUUGAAGUAGAGGGUGGGCCCGGCCGCAGGCGGUUCCGCUGCCUGGCCCUCCCCCGUGCCAUCCCGCGUACCAGCACCAGCUGGGUCCAGCACCAGCUGGGUCUCGAUACACAGUCGCAGUUCAUGUGUUACGAUCCCCUCGGCCUUUCCAGGCCAGGCACUUUUGGACAAACCUCUGUCCUCAUUGGACGGGUUUUGUUGUUGGGUUUUUGUGUUUGCUCUUGUGGGUAUUUGCCUCAUUCCAUCCCUGAGCUGUGCAGCUGGACGGCUGUGAUUCGACACUACCAUUCUGAGGCAUUCCCUGUAGUGGAGUGAUGGGUGUGCGGGAAGAAGUCACCCUUUUCCACUGCAAGGGGAGGGGUGGUCACCCACGAGACGAGCUUAAAGUCUCAUUGGUAGAAUUCCUUGGUUGGAAAGUCCAGGAACUUGGAGAUGCUCCCGCUUUGUCCACCUACUGCUUUGACCCCCUAGACCGCCCGCCAUUCUUUCACCUUAGGGAAAAACAAGUAAUUGUUUCAGAGGUCUCUGUAUUUUGCAGGUGCCCUUUUGUAAGACGCACUUUUCCCAAAUAAAACAAUGUCAAAAACCCGUAA